AUGAAGGUAACACUAACCCACGGCAAGAGGCUCUGGGAGGUCGCUGAGGACGACAUCACUUUCACGGAGGAAGACACAGACGAAUUGUUGCUACCACACAAUGAUGUAUUGGUAAUUUCUUUAAAUGUAUUAGAUUUAAAAAUCAAACGUGUUCGGGUGGAUCCAUGGAGUUCGGCCAAUAUCAUACAAUUGAGGAUUUUGGAGCAAUCCAAGCUUACCAGAAGCAUCAUUCCGGCCACAAAACUCCUCGUCGGGUUCAACCUUGCAAGCGUGACAACCCAGGAAGAGAUCCUGCUACCCACAAAUGCCGAGGGGGUGAUAAAGACGACCCUUUUCAAGGUUGUGGAUAGAGAUAUGGGUUACAACAUUAUUCUGGGAAGACCAUGGUUGUACGAGAUAAAAGUUGUACCAUCAACGUAUCAUCAGUUGCUGAAAUUCCUAACUCCCGAGGGGAUUAAACAGAUAAAAGGCGACCAACUGGCGAGAAGGGAGAUGAAUGCGAUUUCGGUCUCCAAUAGCAAAGGGAAGGAGCAUGCGGCAUAG